GCCUGUCUGAAUAGGAGUGUGGUGGGAAAACAAGGCUAACGUGGAUUAUCUUGUUUAUGUCGCCAUAACUGUUUCUCUCAUGGGGAUUCGGAUGUGAGUUGGUUUUGCUGGCUGUGUUACAGCAGCUCUGCGUGCAGCGCUGUGGUCUGGCUGUAGGUUAUAAAGCUUUUUUUUUGGAAAGAUGUGUUAAAUAAGAGAGGCUCGGAAACUGCGGGCUAACGCUGGAGCUGCUCACAAUAUGGACGAACCACAUAUAGGAUGAACGGAGUUUCCAGAGCUAAGCUGUGGGUGUGAUGGGCGCCGAUGGUAGCAAGUCCACCAAGCAGGAGAGCCGCUACUUGUCUGGAUGGCGUGGCUUUCUCUCCAAUAUGGGCAUCUCUCUCCCACCUGCACUGUGCCGGCUCGCCCCAUCCCGCCGGAUGAUUCGGGAAAAGAGAGAGCAUGCCCCAGUGCAUCUGCUCUCCUCCAUGCCCGGCCCAGAGAAACUGCGCAUGGAGUGGAGUCUCCCGGGGUUCAUCAGCAUGUUUCUGCCUGAGUUCCCUCACCGCACUGUCCCUGGAUAUGAACACUUUCAGGUUCUAGGUUACAUUGCGAAAGGCUCAUUUGGACCCAUUUUAAAGGUGAAAGAUAAGUCAAAAGAAAAGACUUACGCAGUCAAGGUUAUCCCUAAGUCUGAAAUUCUUCGGCUUGGUGUGCUGGACCAGUCUAAAGAAGAAGUGAUAGUCCAGCGUCAGGUCCGCCACCCUUUCGUCCAUGACCUGCAGGACUGCUGGCAGACCCAGCGUCAUCUCUACAUUAUGUGUGACUACUGUAGCACAGGAGAUUUAUACACAUACUGGGUGAUGAUUGGUCAGUUUGGAGAGAAUGCAGUAAAGGUGUUUGCUGCUGAGCUCGGCUCUGCUCUGGGGUUUCUUCAUGACUUCGGCAUCAUCCACCGUGAUGUGAAGAUGGAGAAUAUCCUCUUAACGGAUCAAGGGCAUUUACGCUUGGCUGAUUUUGGUUUGUCGCGACGGCUCGAGCGAGGAGGAAGGGCAUUCACCAUCUGUGGCACUAUUCAGUACAUGGCUCCAGAAGUACUGAGCGGAGGCCCGUACAGCCACGCUGCUGAUUGGUGGUCUCUAGGCAUUCUGCUGUUUGCAUUGGCCACUGGCAAGUUCCCUGUGCCUCCUGAGCCAGAUCACUGCAGCAUGCUGAGGAAGGUACGCAGCUUUCCUUAUGAGAUGCCCAGAAACUUCUCUCCUCCAUUUGCUCUUCUGCUUACUGAGCUUCUGUGUAAGACGCCAGUUCGACGCCUUCGAACGCUAGAGCGUUUUAAGCGACAGACCUUUUUCCGUGGCACGCCCUUCGACACGCAACUGCUGCAGAAGACCCCCAUGGAGCUAAUCAUGGAGCUGAAGAAGCGGCCAGACCGCCCUGCCAAAGCCCGACGAGGCCUCACCCUGGACCCCUUCCCUGAUUUCGACUGCGAUCUCAUCUCAAAUUCCUCCUCUACCACAGCCCCAGAGAUGUCCCCUACACUCGCCAAUAUUGAACUUGUUGAGGCCCUUAUUCAAGAUCACACGCCUCAGGCCAGCAUUCCUCAGCAAGAAGUGUUUGUGUAGCAGGAAUCUGACUGAAUGGAGUUGCCUGCAACAAUGAGACCUGGAGAAAUGUUCAUACAUCAAAGAUCAUGUCUUACUUUCAGAAAUGCUUAGCUACCUGAUUUGGAGGUUGAAUUUUACUGGGCAUUGUUUUUUUAACUUAAACUUUGUCUUAACUUGAAUUGCAUGAUAAAAGUGCAUCGCAAAAUUUCCCUUGUUGUUGCCACUAUAUGCACUUAAUGUCCAAAUGAAGGUCAUUUCCACAAAAAUGUUCUACAAAUGUAUAAUUUUUAAACAAAGAAAACAAUAAAUCUGCAAUACACUGGGAAUUACAUGCAUUGUAAGUGAAAGAAAAAAAAGAAAAAGAAAUAAAUAAAUAAUGAUAAUGAUAAUGAUACAUUACCUUUUCAGGGCUUUAUUGGCCCUGUCCAAUUGAGUGGUUAUUCCAGCUUGCAGGCUCUAGACCCUUUGCAACACUAACUAAAAAGGAGCAAAAAGACGGAUGGAUGGAGUGCAUAUUUUGGUCUAUCAAGGCACAUUUUGCAUGUUUAGAUUUGGCCCUAAGAAUAAAUACAGGUUUCCUAUACUGGCAAAAAUUCCUUCAGGCCUGCUUUUCUAUCUAGACACACUAUGACUGCUGCCAUUGUUACGAACAUUUCCCAACAAGGCACUUUUGAGACAUUACUAGUCACAUCUGAUUUUAUUUGGUGUUGAAAAUUUCACACACAAAACUGGCCACUACAGUGUUUUUUUUAUUUAUUUAGGAAAUCAAAUAUAAUAUAUCACAUCAACCACAUAUUCACAUUUAUGUUGAAAGAUCGUGCAAUAAAAAAUAUGUUCUCUAUGGCGCAUCCGUUCCUCCCUGAUGUUAUUUAACAUGUUUUGAGCAAUAAGAUACUUUUUACAUGUUCAUGUUUCUGAGUGCUCCAGCCAUAAGGUUUUCAUAAUAAUUCUCAGGGCUACUUUAAAAAUAUGUUGAAUGAUUGACCUUAAUGUUAAUAGCCUUUCCUAGAAACUCCCAAGAUAUCAAUAGACACCUCAACCUUUGCAUGAUUUUAUAUUAUUAUAUUAAAGCUGUGUGUCGUCACAGGUCUGUUGCCUAAUGCACUUUUGUCUUUUAAAUGUGAUUACAAAUGAUGAUCGGUGUUAAAAUGUGGAGGAUCUAAACACUGGGUACAGUGCAAUGUAUUAAAACUGUAAAGUAUAACGUAUCAAAAUAUUUAUAUUAAAUUAUCUAAUUUAUGCUUUUAUCUAACACAAAUGACAUUGCCAAUUUGCAGGGAUGCUCUGUUUAGAGCAGUCUGAGGUCAAAUCACCUUGCUCAAGGUCAUAAUGGUGUAUCAGGAUGUUCACAGCUGGGAUUUUUUUUUUGUUUUGUUACUAAAACGUACAAUCACUGUACAUAAUUGCUGUAUGCUUCAGGGAACAGAACCUUGUUAAAUCUAUGCACACAACCCCUGGUGUUUUGUUGGAUUUUAUUUUUUUAGUUUGUUUUGUUGUGCCCUGAAUGCCUCGUACCUUUCCUUCUGUCUGUUCUUCAUACCUUUUAAAUAAUGAAACAGAGAUUAAUCAAAUUAUAAAGACAGUUUUAUGAGAUGGUGUGAAGUUGUUUGUGUGCGUUUUUGUGUUUUCCUUGUGCAUUUUCAGUAUUUUAUUACAAUUAAAGCUAAAAUAUUAGCUAUAAUUGCAAUGUGUGACUUGCAUUGCUUAGAAUUGUACAAUGGGGGUCAUUCAAAUAAAAUAUUGUACUAAAUGA